CGGUGUAGAUCAGGUGAACGAGCGGGGAGGGAGUGGCCAUGCACGCAGGUGAACGGAAAGAAGGAGGACAGCCUGAGAGGCACGGUAAGAGGAGAAGAUCCAUGAACAUGUUAAACCCUUGAUUAUGACUUAAUCUGAAAGAAGGCCUUCAGGAUGGUGAAUUCGGGUCUUUGUUGUGGCAGUCUGAAGGAUAACAAGAUCCUGAUGAAAAUGGGUUUGGGACUGGUGCUGGUUGGUCAUGUGAACUUCUUGCUGGGUGCACUGGUACAUGGGGUUGUGCUCAGACACAUAAAGGUGUUCACUUGGAACCGGAAACUCAUCUACCCUAUCUCCAAUGUCAUUGCUCUUGUGGCAGGACUCAUGGCAAUUAUUGGUGGAAUCUCAGCUAUUGUUCUCUCAAAGAACAAGAAAAACCAGCUGCUGAGUUGGUUUCUACUAAUUGUUAGUGUCCUGGGGUGCCUUUUGGGUGCUGCCUCUGCAGUGGGGAUCAGUAUUGCCACAGGGAGGGCCAUACAUCAGGAAGGAGACACUCUGUUUACCCACUGCAACCUGUCUAGCAACAUAAGUUACUACAGCAUCACAAAUGAAUGCCCCUUUGACCCCACACGCAUCUAUGGUACUACAUUAAUCCUAUGGGUUCCGUUGAUUCUUAUGUCAGUGGUGGAGGUUGUAUUCUCCUGUCGCUGUUUCUUGGCCUGCACUUCUUUCCUCCGGAUGCGCUGCCCGUGGAGAAGAACUGUCACUAGGAGGGUGCGCGUCCAGCUGCCAGAAGAAACCGCACUGCCACCAGAAGAUGAUUUAAAUGAGGAGGAACCAGCAGAACAGCAUGACCUACUUGACAAAGACACGGUUGCUGUGGAGACUAGUGAUUGGCUAUAAUACAAAAAUUAUAAAUCACAUGAACAAUCAGUGCUUUUCAUAACUGCUGCAUGACAGCGGACCAAGACAUACCAAGUGUCAAUGCACAUAAAAUGACUGAAGUGGUUAGCAGGUGAAGCAUGCUCUGACAUCUAAUGAAUCUUCAGUCUUAAAGGGUCAGACUGUGUGACUAAGCCAAGUACUAUUGGCUUCACCAUGUAAAGUGCACAAUGUUUUAUAUAUUUACAUCAUGAACAUGUUUGUGUGUUUUGUUGCAUAUUUUCUACAUUGAUGGGAUUCUUUGUUACAUUUAUAUAAAAUGUUUUUCUCUUCGUAACUGAAUUCCUAAAUUUGCUCCUAAUAAGAAUUACGGGUCAAAUAUAUAUCUCUAUAAUCA